AUGUUCUCGCAUCGACCUUGCCUGCUAAGCACCUCGAAGGCCAUCCUCCGCCUCACCGAGGAGCGCUUCGCUGCUGGUGGCCAUCGGCGUUUGACCUCCCUGCGUCGGCAACGGAACGCCGGUCGGCAAUGGACCACCUCGCGACAGCUCUCGACGACGACGCGACAGCGCCAGUCGCUGCAAAAGUCGCAGAGGGAUGGCUUUGAGGGUAGGCACGCACCCCCAAGGAGCUCGAGGACAGUUAUUGCAAGUUCAAUUGGAAUCGCGGGACUUGCGGCGGGUGUUGCGACUCAAAACCGCGACGAUUCAGAAGAUUCCAAUAACUCGAAUGAUAAUGAGAAAGACGAGGACGAACAAGAGGAUGAAGACGAGCAAAGCACAUCCGACAGCGACUCGACUUUAAUAUCGUUCGACGAGAUCCAGAAACAUGUCUCCGCAGACGAUUGCUGGGUCAUCAUCAAGGGAUCCGUAUACGAUGUGACCGACUUCCUCAAGAUCCAUCCAGGUGGCGAGCACGCGAUUCUCGCAAAGGCCGGCAAGGACGCUACCGAAACAUUCGAUCUCCUCCACCCACCAGGCGUACUGGGCACCCUCCCCGAAGAAUGUCUCCUCGGCCGCGUCGACCCAGACACCCUCCCUGCUGAGGAGGAGAAGGUCGUCACGGACGAGGAGCUGGCGCGGGAGCUGGCCCGCCAGGAGAUGCCUGCCGCGCAAAACAUGCUGCUGCUGAACGACUUCGAGCACUGGGCCCAGCGCGUGCUGAGCGAGACCGCUUGGGCGUACUACCGCAGCGCAGCGGACGAGGAGAGAACCUUCUUUGAAAACCGCGAUGCGUUCCAACGGUACUUCUUCCGUCCACGCAUCCUUCGCGACACGAGCACUGGCUCUACUGAGUCUUCCAUCCUGGGUAUACCUACGGCUAUGCCGGUUUUCAUCUCUCCGGCUGCGAUGGCGAAGCUUGGUCACCCCCUCGGAGAGAUCAAUUUGACCAAGGCAGCGGGCAAUUGCAAUAUCGUACAGAUGAUCUCGUGCAAUGCCAGUUGCAGCAUCGAGGAGAUGGUGGAUUCAACCGUAGAUGGCCAGUCCCUCUUCUUCCAGAUCUAUCUCAACAAAGACCGCUCCGCCUCCGAGCAACUCCUCCGCAAAGUCGAACAACUAGGCGUCAAGGCCAUCGUCUUCACCGUCGACGUAUGCUGGCAAUCCAAGCGCACCCUGGACGUCCGCACCAAGGCGAAAUCGAACACUGCUCCCCCAUCCCCACCCUCUUCGUCUUCUUCCUCAGCAAGCGGUUCAGGCUCAAAGGCUCUCUCGGUAUCCCAGCAGAUCAGCGGGUACCAGGACACCAACCUCACAUGGGACGACAUCAGCUUCAUCCGCCGCCACACCACCCUCCCCAUAAUAGUCAAAGGCGUCCAAUCCCUCGAAGACGUCCAACUCUGCGUCGACGCCGGCGUCGAAGCCGUCAUCCUCUCCAACCACGGCGGCCGCCAAGCCGACUACGCACCCGCCCCAAUCGACGUCCUCUACGAGAUCCGCGCCCUACGACCCGACCUCUUCAGCAAAACGGAAAUCAUGAUCGACGGCGGCGUACGCAGCGGCGCGGACGUCGUCAAGGCUCUCGCGCUGGGUGCGAAGGCCGUGGGGCUGGGACGCCCCGUUUUGUAUGCUAAUGGGACGCAUGGGGAGGAGGGGGUGUAUAGGGUUAUGGAGAUCAUGCAAGAGGAAAUCACGAACACUAUGCGCAAUAUCGGCGUCACGAGGAUCCAGGACCUGCGGCCUGAGAUGGUGGGGCCGAGGGGGCCGUGGGUCGGGUUGAACCGUCCUGCGUAUCUGCCUACUGUUUGA